AUGCGAAUUCGAGUUCGGGGCCCUUCUGGCCAGUCUACAAUUACACUGGAAGACUCUGCAACCAUCCAAGAGCUUCAAACUCAAAUUACGGAGAAAACCGAUCUGGCAACUUUCGACGUGAAGUUCGGCUACCCCCUCAAGCCGCUCGAGCUCGAUAGCUACCCACCGGGCCAAAAGAUUAUAGAGACUGGAAUCAACCUGAAUGGGGAGACACUUAUCGUUGCACAGAAAGAAGGGGCUACCCGACCUGCCAACGACGAGCCGCCAUUACAAACCACAACCACGGCAGCUCCAACGCAGCCAACAAGGGCGCACAAGCCAGAAAGCUCUGCCGAUGAUCCACCAGAGAUCGCCUCUCCCGAACAUGCAGGAACCUUCGUCCUCCGUGUCAUGCCCGAUGACAAUUCAUGCCUCUUCCGAGCAGUAGGCGCCGCCGUCAUGGGCGAUAUGGACACGAUGGUGGAAUUAAGAUCAAUCAUCGCCGGCGCGAUCCAAUCAAACCCCGGAGAGUACUCGGCAGCGAUCUUGGGCAAGAAGCCUGAUGAGUAUUGUACCUGGAUUCAGAACGAGGACUCGUGGGGCGGCGCCAUCGAGCUCAAGAUCCUGAGUGAAUACUUCAACAUUGAGAUUUGUUCCAUCGAUGUACAGACUCUGAACCUCUUCCAAUUCAACGAGGGUGCGCCUACGCGUUGUAUCGUGGUAUAUUCAGGCAUUCAUUAUGAUGUACUCGCGUUGUCUCCCUCCGAUCCACCUUAUACCCGUGCGAAUCCUUUGGCAUUCGGGGACACCAAGAUCUUUGAGGCUGUCGAUCCGGUCGUCUUGGAAAAGGCCAAGGAGCUGUGUCGAGUACUGCAAGGGAAGCAUUAUUAUACUGAUACAUCUGGAUUUACGGUCCGCUGCAAUACCUGCGGAGGUACAUUUACUGGAGAGCGGGGCGCCACCAAGCACGCCGCGGAAACCGGCCACUAUGACUUCGGAGAGGCAAAUUAG